AUGUGGUUUUUUCUUAUUAAAUUCUGCCUUCUAUGCCUUUUCCCCAAGUUUAUUACGCUUCGAAAUGAACUUGGAAGCUUAUCAUUGGUGAAUCAAGAUGACCAAGUUGUCAAAUUCCUUACAGAAGCUGAGCAACCAAUACAUUGGAAAUCAGCGACAAUUAUUAGACGACUAUUGAAACGAAAUGCAAAACCAAUAACUCGACGAUUAAGACCUCAGAAUUUCGAAUCAGAUGAAAGAGAAGACAUGAUUUUGGUUAUUCCGGUUGAGAGAUAUACAGAGGAAGGAAGAAAUGUAAAAUGGGAACAAAUUGGCAAUUUAAAUAUGUGGAAAUGGUUAACCAUGGAACAGGUUUAUAUGUUGAACAAGCUGUAUAAAACAACAGAUGAUAUAGCAAUGGUGUUAGAAGAAACAUACAUUCAACUACUUAUGACUGAUGGCGGAUUACGAGAGAUGGCAUUACGAAGUUUUCGAGAAACAUGUAAAGAGUUAUUGCGAGUGAUAUUGGGCGAUCAUAAUUAUGAAUUAAUUGCUAAUUUGUAUAAUUUUGGUCGAACAGGAGAAGAAAUUAAUGAAAAAUUGAAGGAAUUUUAUGUGGAAAUGAGUGAAACACAUAAAAAGUAUGCUAACAUGGUUGCUCCAACUUGCAUGUUAGUCUAUAAUAUUUAUCAAUCACCAUCAGUGCGAUCCCCAAGAAAAAUCAAUGAAGAUAAUUUAUUCGUCAAACAAAUUCAUUGGUUUACUAAGGAACAAGAGACCGAAAUUGAAACAAUGUUAUCAGAAGGUGCAAAAAAUGGAAAACUUUUGGCAAAAAUUUUGGAAUACUACGAAAAUCUCGAUUCGUUAAGCCAAGAAAAAGUAUCCGACGAAUUAAAACAGCUCUGUCAAAACCGAGUGAAGCAACUUUUCGGAACUGUUGCCCUUGAAGAAAUGCAAUCCAUGUACAAGGAGUUAACAUUCGCGGAAAUGUUAGUGAAUAAAUUUACUCAACUGGUAGGAAAUUUAACAAAUGAAAAUCAACGUAUCGAAGCGGAUCAACUAGUCAUUUUUUGUCAGAAGAUAUAUGCUAUUGAAAGUUUCGAUCUUGGUGAAUUAACAUCAUGGCUAUCUCCCGAUCAGAAGAACGAACUUGGUCAUUUGAUUCAAGAUCACGAAAUAAGUGAUGAUGUCGUUUAUGCACGCAUCUUUGAAUUUUAUGAAAAAGCUGAGCAUAAGAAGAAAAUGGAUGCACAAAGGAUAAUCGAAUCCGGAUGUAAACGAUUUAUUCGCCGGAUGUUUGGCAUUAAAAUUGCUGAGAAGUUGGAAGAGCACCGAUUGAAUGGGAAUUUCACAGCUCAAAUGCUCAGUGCUGAGUUAGCAACAUAUGCUGCUGAAAUAAGGGAUAAGAAAAACCGAAUAAAAGCCGAAAAGUCCAUUCCAAUUUGCAAUUGGAUCUACCUUGGAUACAAAGGCGAUUGCUUUUGCAAUGGUCAUUCGUUCACUUGUGGUCCAUUCACUCACGAAUGCUUGAAUUGCGCUGAUAAUACAUUUGGAGUACAAUGUGAAAAAUGUUUAGAUGGAUUUGGUGGUAGCGCUUUAAUAGAUGGAAUAGGUUGUGUACCACUUGGUAAAAGCAACGAAUUCAAAGAGUGCAUGUGUAACAAACAUUCCACAGAUUGUAAUGAAUACGGUGAAUGUUUUUCCUGCUUACAUAACACAACUGGAAAUCAAUGUGAAAAUUGUGCACAAGGUUUUUAUGGUGAUGCGACACAUGGUACAGCAGAAGAUUGUAUUCCAUGUCCAUGUCCAGAUCGGGGCGACUGUUUUAUAAACGGCGAUGCACUGUUGGAACCGGAAACAGCAACAGGAAUUACUGAAAUUAUUACAUAA